AUGGCACCAAAGAAUACCGACCCGGUGCGUGCAGCAGAGAGUAAUCUGGGAUACCUCCUCGGCGUUACCGCGACUUUCCAUGUCAUCGCACUGACCUUUGUUGGGAUGCGCAUGUACGCCCGCUUCGUCGUCGUGAAGGCGUUUGGCAAAGAUGAUGCCCUCAUACUAGCGGCAGCGCAUGGCUUAGGUCGUCACACCGACACUCUCGAGAAGUCAGAUCACCAAGAGUACCUGAAGUUGACCUUCAUACAAGCUCUUGUCUCCAGCAUUGGAGGUAUGGCCUUCCUCAAGUUGUCCGUCGGGUUCUCACUCCUUCGCUUGGGCGUUCCCACGUUAUACAACAGGAUACUCUGGUCGCUUAUCGCAUUCGUCUGUCUCUACACACUGGUAUCUUGGAGUGAAUGGGCUGCCGUGUGCAAACCCAUCGCCGGUUUCUGGAAUAAGGACCUCAAGCCAACCUGCGUGCCUGUGAAAAUCCACAAGGGCUUUGCGCUGAUGAAUACAAGCUGCAACAUGUUUACGGAUAUCUGCUUUGCAACCAUCCCUAUUCCCAUCAUUAUGGGGUUGCAGAUGAAGCAGAAGACUCGCAUGUACCUCAUCUUUGUUCUGAGCUUGGGCUACACCACGAACGACAUCCAAUUCUGGGGCUUCCUCCAGGUGAACGUCGGUAUCAUAGCCGCAUGUGCGCCAUCGCUCAAGCCCCUCGUCGGUGGCAUUCUUCGCCUCCCCUCGACACAGUAUUCCAACAGCCGAAGUAACUUCGCCUCGGGAUCGAACGGCCAGUCCAACAAAAGUAGAUUGCAAAGCAGGAUACGCGUUAGCACUCGGAUUGAGAGCAAAGGGUGGAUAAGGACAGAUAGCGAUAUCGAGCUGGAUGAACGAGAGUCCUUUGGCAGCCAGGCGCACAUAACGAGCAACAAGGAUGGAGUUCGUCAAUGA